UACUCCAAUUUGUCUUUUCGUGCCUGAAAUUUCCAGUGGUAGAUAAAACUUUCUGCCUCCUAUACCUCUUGAUAACAGCUCCACUUUCCCAUGACCUGCGUUCAUAUGUGUCAUAUUCAGAUAAGAAUGAGGCAUGAUGCUGAGUAAGGCCGCUUUUUUUGGAAGGAAAAUGACAAAAGCUAUUUGAGACAGGAAUAGAAGUGCCAGCAUUAAAUGAUGGAUGAACAGCCGGCAGCCGAGGUGGCAGCUCUGAUGUUUCCCUGUAUUUAUGGAGUAUUGAAAUGAGGGAGGGUUAUCUAUCUGAUGUGUUUCUCUGGGCUGGAUGCUUAUCUUCACAUUCAGCGAUGCUCUGGCUCACAGGACAGGGUGUAAGAGGGUGAAUUGGUCUUAUUUAACAUAAGUGAACGUUGCCCCUCUCUGGAGCUGUUGUAUGGAGUGUGGGGCAUGGCUGUGCCCCUCACCCACCUCCUGCUUCCAGUCUGUUCCCAUAUUUUGUCUGACAGCACUUGCUCCUUAUUAACAUGACUAUAGGCUCUUUGUGCCCUCUGUCAGAAGAAAUCCUGCACCAGAAUAAAUUUCAGGGGUGACAGAUUGGAGCAGUUUGGCCAGAUGAUGGCACACAAAUGUCUCUGAGAUUGGUGCCUGUGGGUUUGCACCCCUUUGGCUUUGAUGCUGGGCAGGAGCAGUAGCUGGCAUUGUCACCUGACCACUUCUGGCCUUAUCCUCUCUGGAUGUGGGGCUCUGGAGCUGAGAUGAAGGGUUCUGUGUAGACUCUGGAGGGAGAACGGCACUUACCUGUCUUUAUGUGUCACCUGGAAGCUCAGCUGUGCUGUAUGGUAUAUUCUGGUUCAUGGAAAACAAACCAGUGUCUGAUGGUCCUUCUGUGUGCAGUGCCAUGUCUUCUGAGACUGGAAUCCAGACAGGAACUUGCAAUAGGCAGGAAUGCAGUCCCAGGUCAUGUGGGUUGAAUCACACGGGUUUCUUUGAGCCCAUCUCUUGUCAGAGCACCUUCCAAGGCUUCCCCUCUCUCACCACAGGUUCUGACUACAGGUUGAUUUGGCAGGUUGGGAGGUGAAGUAGCAGAUACCCCUCUGCUCACCCAUUGUCAGGGGAACUUUAGCAAUGCCAGGUUACAGUGUUCUCCAUAGAUAUGUCAGACACAGGCAGCACAGGGCAAAACACCCCCACGGGAAGGUGGCAGAAGGGCCAGAUGCCUUCUAAGAUGGGCCAAGGCAUGCCAAGCUCCGGUGACCAGAUCAGGGGCUGGGGCACCUCAGCCCCCUGCCCUUCCUGGGGGGCACCUGGCACCCCAGACACACGCUUUGUUUCGGGCUUUGAACAUAGCCGGGGCUCUGCGGGUCUGCACAGAGCCUUUGGGCAGAGGCUCGCCCGUCAUCCUGGGGCAUCCGGUGGGGACCCCGGGGGCUUAGAGCAGGGGAAGACGUUUGGUUGCGGGCAGCAGUACUCCCCCGGGCAUGGGACCGCCGGUUGCAGAUAUACGUCCAGGCUGGAGGGAUCGUCCCCGGCUGGGAGGAGCCAGCAGCUCCGCCGCUGUAAACAGUGCGGGCACCUCCAGCGGUUGGGAGAUGGAUAUAAAAAGGGAAACGGAGGGGAGGCAGCCGGAGCGGAGUAGCGGGAGGUGCCUGCGUCUGCCUGCCGCUGCCCGCCCCUGCCUCCUCCGCCCGGGAGCCCGGCAGCACGGUCAGGAGCUUCCGAGAGGCGGCGAACAAAGUUCGAGGCUCGGCGCUGCCGGGGAUAGGUAAGCGGUCUUUGCAGCUCAAGUUUGAAACUCGAUGUUGUCUCUCGUCCAUCUGCCGCUGGGGUUAUCUCCUCGCCGGCUCUCUGUUCUUGCUGCUGUUGUGAUUGCCUCGCCGUGUCUGGGGUUGUAUGGAGCCGGGGAGUGGGGGGUGUUGGUUUUGAUCUUGCUACUUUAAUCGGAGAGGAGAAAAGAGCACAAAAAUCCCAAAACACAUCAAAAGCAAAAUGUGCCUUUGCGCCGGCCCCGUGCGAAUCCGCGGGAAGGAGCCGGCGCGGCGCCGCACGUGUUGCGGCGGGGAUGCCCGCGGCUAUGGGCGGCAGGUAGCUGCUGCGGGGGCUCCCGGGACACGGGGAGCACCGGGGAGCAGCUGCUCCUCCUGCCCUCUGCGCCGGAACCGGACCUGGAGCCGGUCCCGGUCUCGGCGCCGCCGCGGGACGUAUCGGGGAGCAGCGAGCGACGGCAGCGCAUCAGGUACCUGUCCGGAGGCCGACCCCCACCUCGCCCCGUGGCGACCCAGCUCCGACACCAACCGCGCCGUCGUGGUGGGCCAGGGGGCGGCUCUGCGCCUGGAGACUUCCGCUGCCUUCCAUUCCCUCGUCAUCCGCGACGGAGGGAUGCUGGUGUUCGCCGACUGUCCCCGCGGGCCGCCCAUCACCCUGCGAGCCCGCUACAUCCUCAUCCACGACGGCGGGGAGCUGCACAUCGGCUCAGAUCGCUGCCCUUACGGCUCGCGAGCGACUAUCUCAUUGUACGGGCGGGCCACCGACGGGGCGGCCGUGGAGGGCUUCGGGCAGAAGUUCCUGGGCGUGGGGCGCGGGGGCGUCCUGGAGCUGCACGGCCGGCGGCCUCGCUCCUGGACCCUCCUGGACAAAACGCUGCACCCCGGCGGGCUCCGUUACGGCCCCUACUUCUCCGAGAGGCGGUGGGGCAGCCGCGGGCUCAACCUCCGCAUCUUGGACGCCGGCACGGCGCGGGUGCUUGCUGCGGCGCGCUUCGACACGCACCUGCGGCACGGCGAGUGCGGGCGGCUGCGCUCCUUCCUGGCCAUGCAGCCCCCCGGCACGGUGGUGGCGGCCGCCGUGGGGGACUCUGCCGCCCGCAGCCUCACGCUGGAGACGCGGCUGCUGCUGCGGGACCGCCUGGGCAGCGCGCACAUCUCCCGCCUGCGACACAGGGAGCCCUGGGCGCUGGUGGGUAUCCUAGGAGGGGAUCAGCCUUCCACAGCGGAGGAUAAACGGGAGUACCACGGGAGUGGAACCACGGGGUUAGCAGUAGCCCGAAGAGAAUUCCUCACUUACGAUGGGAUGCGGUUUACUGUUUCUGCUUUCAGUGGAUGGAUAAAAGGGGUGCCUCAUAAUGGAUUUAAAGUGGAAGCAUCCAAUGGAAUAAUUCUCCACUUGGUGGAUGAGGUUACCAGUUGGUUACCUGGUGACCGGAUCGUUGUUGCUAGUACAGAUUAUUCUAUGCAUCAGGCUGAAGAGUUUAAUCUCCUUCCUUGCCCUGAAUGUAAAAGUAAUCAAGUGAAAAUUGAUGGCAGCCCACUUUAUCUUCACAUUGGAGAAGUCAUAGAUGGCGUCGAUAUGAGGGCAGAGGUUGGCCUUCUGACUAGAAAUAUACUUAUUCAAGGAGAAAUGGAAGACUCCUGUUAUGGACAAAAUCAAUGCCAGUUUUUCUCCUUCGAUACAUUUGGAGGACAUAUUAAAAUCCUAAGGAAUUUUAGCUCUGUUCACUUGUCAGGAGUGGAAUUGAAAAACAUGGGGCAGCAAAUCCUGGGCAGUUACCCUGUGCAUUUUCACUUGGCUGAGGAUGUGGAUGAGAGGGGAGGAUAUGAACGCCCGACGUACCUUGAUAACCUGGCUAUCCACCACUGCUUCUCUAGGUGUGUUGCCAUACAUGGGACUCAUGGCCUUCUGGUCAAAGACACCAUUGGCUAUGACACUCUGGGGCACUGUUUCUUCCUGGAAGAUGGGACAGAGCAGCGCAAUACAUUCUAUCACAACUUGGGCCUCCUCACAAAGCCAGGGACAAUCUUGCCUUCAGAUCGCAGUGAGGCAAUGUGCCUCGCCAUCCGUAGCAAAGUCUACGGAGAUUACGUUCCUGUGCCGAGCGCUGACUGCAUGGCUGUCAGCACUUUCUGGAUCGCAAAUCCAAACAACAACUUAAUAGAGAAUGCAGCAGCUGGUGCUCAGGAUGUUGGGAUAUGGUACAUCUUUCACCGGGUUCCCACUGGACAGUCUGAGGGGCAAUAUCCAGAGGGACAGGCUGAAUAUACCCCCUUGGGAGUAUUUUACAACAACAGAGUCCACUCCAAUUUCAAGGCCGGUUUGUUUAUUGGAAAAGGAGUAAAGACAACGAGAGCCAACGCUGAAGAUCCCAGAGAGUAUCUCACUGUCGAUAAUGCCAGGUUUCGCCCACAUCAAGAUGCUGAUCCUGAAAAGCCGCGAGUUCCUGCCGUGAUUGAUGGUCUUAUUGCUUUUAAAAAUAAUGACCAUGGGGCCUGGGCUAGGGGUGGCGACAUUAUAUUCUGCAACUCAGGGUUUUCAGACAAUGGAAUUGGACUCACUCUGGCAAGUGAUGGAACUUUCCCGACAGACGAAGGCUCCAGCCUGGAGGUGACACGCUCCAUUUUUGUUGGAGAAAGCAGCAAUUUUGGGUCUCAGGGAGGCCAAAACAGCUACUGGGGAAAAGGGGCAAAUGGAGAGUGCAGAACACUACCCAGAAACAAGACUUUCCCUAUUCGUGGAUUCCAGAUUUACGAUGGGCCUGUCAGGAUGUCAAAAUGCACUUUCAAGAAGUUCACUCCGACUGUUGACAGAUACUCAAGUGCCAUCGGGUUCUUCAUGAAAAACUCCUGGCAGAUAAGCCCUCAGAAUAAUGUGUCACAGAUCCUGAUGGAGAAGAGUGUUGGACUGAAAGUGUUUUUUGGCAGAUCAGGCCAGUGGUUUGGAAACAAUGACAAUGAUGGUGACAAAAUGUCUAUAUUCCAUGACCUGGACGGCUCGGUGACAGGGUAUCCGGACACCUUCAUAGGCAGAGCGGACAACUACUUGCUGCGUCAUCCUGGGUGUCUUACUGUCCCACGCUGGAAUGGGUUGAUGUGUACUGGGAAAUUCGCACAGCUUUAUAUUCAGGCCAGACGCCCCGAGAAUCUGACCUUAUCCAUUGCCAGAGCAGCAUACCAUUCCCAUCCCUUGCGGUUGCAAGGCGUGAACAGAGGAGCACCAUACCAGCAGUACCAGCCUGUCGUCAUGCUUGAGCAGGCUUAUAUCAUCCAGUGGGAUGGCAAAGCACCCGAGGAUAUUAUCCUGUACCCCAUCAACUUCAACAGAGGAGACUGGCUGCAUGUUGCCCUCUGCUAUCCCAGGGAAGCUGUUUUCCAGCUAGUAGCGGAUAUCUACGAGCGACGGACAGGGAUGGUGCACAGUGUAAAGCACUACCUGGCAGCUCCUUCCUGGGCCAGCGCUCUCAAUGGGACUGGCGAGCGGCUCUUCUACUUCGACAGAGCAUCGGGGUACCUAUUUGUUCACCUGCAAGCCCAUGAAGCUCGGGAAGGACACAGCUACUGCUCUCAGCAAGGCUGCGAGCGCAUUAAGAUCAUGGCACAUAUGUACCCGGGGGACUCCUGGAGCUGUGACCCAAACCCCUUCCCAGACAAGCCAGCAGCCACCCAGCGCCCUGUGUCCCAGCACCCAGCCGGGCCAUGCAGGGUGUGUGGGGCCCCGCAGCUUGCUAUCACUAGCACACCCUCAGUCAAGUAUAUAAGGAUUCAGAUCCAAUCUCUCAGCAGGACGGACAUACAAAACCACUUGACAUCCGCAUUCAUUAAGAUAAAUGACACCAUUUUCCUCUUCAAUAGCCAUGGGCUAUUCUUUGUGGUGGUAGAUGCAUGUUCAGGAGCUGUUGUGAGUAGGAGGCACUUUGACACAGUUACUGGUGAAAAUGCUGCCAGUGCAAUAACUGACUAUGUUCAAACAUCUAUAAAAGAGAGAUCACUUGUUCUCGUGUGCUCUAGAGAUAUUGCAGAUGUGGUGGGGAGCUCUGAAAUGCCUAUUUUUACCAGGUUAGGUUCAGCAAAGCCUAUUGUCAUCCACAAGGAAGGGAGUUUUGCCAUGCUUGGCUAUAAAGGACAAGCCAAACCCUCCUGGAUUAAAGUCCUUAAUCAUGCUGGUUAUCAGAAAGCUGCUUCUUUACAGCAUUACGUUCCCUUGAAGCUGAAAGAAUAUCAAUGUCCAGCUAAUGCUGAUGAGCCGCCAAAAUCUGCUUUUUCUCAGAGCAGCUCGGAACACAUCUCUACAGAGGCUGCAGCUUCCUGGGAUUAGCAUCGCUGGGGAACACCAGCCAGGCAAAGCCCGCUGCUGCCACCAAAGCUGCUCUUGUUUUCAUGGGAUUGUACCAAACCAAUGGUGUUCACUUGUAUAUAGUAUAACUAAUAAAUAUAGUCUCAUCUUAA